AUGGAGAAAAAGGGUGUGCCCAGGAAAGAAACGAAAGGAAAGAACGCUUGGUAUAAGGCUGUGAUCAUCAUCACGGUGCUUGGUAUCACAGCGAUAGUUGCCCUGGUGACAACAGCAGUAUUGCAGAACAAGCCUCUCCUACAGAAGUACAAGUAUGGGAUCGUCCUGGAUGCUGGCUCCUCACAUACAGCAGUGUAUAUCUACGAGUGGCCAGCAGAGAAGGAUAACGACACUGGAAGAGUGCAGCAGACACACUCCUGCAAAGUCCAAGGUGCUGGUAUCUCCAGCUACUCUGUGUUUCCAGGGCAGGCAGGGGCGUCUCUGAAGAGCUGUAUGAAGGAAGCAGAGAGCCUCAUCCCCCUAAGCAGGCACCACGAGACCCCCCUCUACCUGGGGGCCACCGCCGGGAUGAGGCUGCUCAGGAUGGAGAACCAGAGUUUGUCUGAUCAGGUGCUUUGGUCGGUAGAGGAGGUGUUGCGGUCCUCUCCGUUCUCCUAUCAGGGCGCUCGCAUCAUCACAGGCCAGGAGGAGGGAGCCUUCGGCUGGGUCACUGUGAACUACCUGAGUGACCGACUGAAACAGGGCUCAGGGACCACCGGAGCUCUUGACCUGGGCGGAGCCUCCACUCAGAUCAGCUUUGUAGCCAAUCAGGAUGUGGCGGAGGAAUCGGCGGAGAACGCUGUGACCUUCCGUCUGUAUGGAAAUGACUACUUCCUCUACACACACAGUUUCCUGUGAGGAGGGUGGUGUUUCUACCAGUAGGGGAAAGACCAAGCGCUCAAACUGGCGCUUGCUCAGCAGACUCAGUCUGGGGACAGCUCAGUGCUGGACCCGUGUUUCCACCCAGGUUAUAGUGUUGAUCGAAGCUACUUUAGCGUGUACUCCAGCCCUUGCGUCAUGGCUGGGAAACCCCUCAUCUCCAGGGACAGUUUCACUCACGUAGGAACAGGAAACGCAUCAUUGUGCCAGGAAGUAGUCAGACGAAUCUUCAACUUCAGUAGCUGCAGCUUCAGUCGCUGUUCUUUCAACAGGAUCUACCAGCCACCACUACAGGGGCCAUUUGGGGCAUUCUCAGCAUUCUACUUUGUGAUGAACUUUCUGAACUUGACAUCAGGCUCUCUGGAAAGCAGCAGGGAGAAGCUGGAGCGCUACUGUUCUAGACCCUGGACCCAGAUCAAACAGCAGCACCCUGAUGUGAAGGAGAAGUAUCUGGCAGAGUAUUGUUUCUCUGGGAGCUACAUCCUGUCUCUACUGACUGACGGGUACAACUUCACCUCAGACACAUGGACAGACAUCACGUUCAUCAAGAAGAUUUCAGGUAGUGAUGCAGGUUGGACGUUGGGCUACAUGCUGAAUCUGACCAAUAUGAUUCCAGCCGAGGCUCCAGACACUCCUCCUCUUCCUCACGCCGGCUACGUCACCCUCCUCUUCUUCAUCUCUCUUCUCCUCUUCUUCCUCCUCUUCCUCUGUUUCCGAUUCCUGUGGCCGCGCCGCAACUCCCAGACACAGAUGAUAUAGACACGCUGGACACCAUAAGGACACUGUGUGUGUGUGUGUGUGUGUGUGUGUGUGUGUGUGUGUGUGUGUGUGUGUGUGUGUGUGUGUUGUGUG